GGUAAUUUAAGCUGAGUCGCAACAUACAUAAAGUUUGUAACACUUCAAUCACAAAAUACAUCUUUCAAUUUUAUCAUUAAAGCGUUCUGAGAGAUUUUUAUUUUUGAGCAAAAUACCAAUUAUUAACUGUUGUCGUCGAAUACUCAGAUUAGGUAGCCGUGCAUAUCUUCUAUUCACGCGUUGCUCGAACCAUCCUUUGGAUUACGCCCAUACGCUCCGAAUCUAUAUCCCGCGAUCGAGAAUGUUGCCAUCGAGCGAUGCGCCCAAAAUUUCCAUGAAGGGUUUCUCCUUGGGCGCAGGGUCUAAAAAUGGUUCGCUGAAAUCCAAUGGUAGGCCGCAGCCCAAGUCGGGGUUAGGAAAGCGGCCUAGAAGCAGUUUUGCGCACGACGACGAAGAUUCAGAUAACUCAGAUAAUGGGACAAGUGCGAGAAGGGUAAAGCAUGAGGCUGUUACGGGGUUUGCAGAUGGAGGCGUUAUCAGAGAGGGAGAUGAGAAGAGAGUGGCUGCGCCACUAGUUAUUCCGAAACAAGAGAAUAAAGAUUGGAAGGGGGAAGCGAGAGAGAGGAAAGGAAGGGGGAGGAAUUUGUUGCCAGAGGAGGAGCAGAGGAGGAGGGCUGGGGAAGAGAACGAAGAAAAGGCAGAUGUUGUGAAAGGGAAUGAUGAGGAGAUAAAAUGGGGAUUGACUGUGAAGACUAAAGUCAAGGAGGAGUUGAUCGAUAGUGAGCGAACCAUUGAACAGACUACACAAGCGGCGAAAGUGGAAGAUAAUCCAAAGAUUAAAACUGAGGACGAGCUGGCAAUCGAGGCAUUGAUGGGGGUCGAGUCGAAACGAAAUGGGCCAGACUUGAUCAUUGCUUCUGUUAAUGAAAACGGAAAUGAUUUGGUCACAGAAGAAGAUGCCUACAAGAGAGCUAUUGCAUCCGCACCAGAUAUUUCGACAUUAGAAGAUUAUGAUGCGGUGCCGGUAGAAGAAUUCGGCGCCGCGCUAUUAAGAGGAAUGGGGUGGGAUGGUAAAGAAAGAAAAGGUGGUGGAAAAGAGGUCAAGAGGAGGCAGAAUUUAUUAGGCUUAGGAGCAAAGGAACUGAAAGAUGCAGAGGAACUAGGGGCCUGGGUUCAGAAGACCGAUGCCAAAAGGUUACGACCUGGGGGUUCGUCUCAUUCACAUCGAGGAAGUGAUAGGGAUAAGAAGAAAAUGGGUGACUACGCCAGGGAGAGAGAUGAGAGAAGUCAUCGUAGAGAUAGAGAUGAGGGUCGUGAUGGGGAAAGGGAAAGGGAAAGAGAUCGCCAUCAUGAUCGUGACAAAUCAUAUAGGAGAGAUAGAGAUGACCACAGGGAGCGCAGGAGUCGGUGAAUCGUUUGGACGUGGUGCACGGAAAAUCGAGUAUUUUCAUAUCACCGAAGCCACAUAAGAAUUGUCUAUAGUAAUCCUGUAAUUCAACAGCCGAGGGUGGCGGAUCAUCUCGGUAACCUGUUUUGACAAUGUUACAUAUUGUUCUCCAUCCAAAGAUGUCAUUCUACAACUUGCUACACCAAUGACCUCUCCACA